UCGGCAACGGUGACCCGGCCGAUGGACGCCGAUUCCACGUUGGCUCGUUCCUGUGGCGAGACGACGGUCGAGACGGCGACCAAAGUGCUGCGUACCGGCGACCUCCAAGCCGACCAGUGCUCGACGUUGGCGCGUUCCUGCGGCGAAACGACCAUCCAAGCGCCGACGAAAUUGUUGAGGCUGGACUUAGGCGAGGCCGGAUCGACUCUCGCCAGGUCUUGCGGCGAGACAACGAUCCAGCCGCCGACGAAAGUGGCCGAGGCGCGUAGGAACAGCGUUAAGGACGCCAGAGACAACAGGGACACCAGAGACAGCGCUAGCGAGGGGCACACAAUGGCCGAGAGGGAUCUGGGAAGCACGCUGAGACUUCCGGCCCAGCAUCCGCCUCUCUACAGCCCGGACAGGACCAGCGAUCGAGAAUCAAACUUCGACUCCCUUUAGACACCGAAAAGAGUGAAGCAGCCCGAUCGACGGAGAUUUGUGGACGCAAACCGCUGGACGGUAGCCUCCACAGGUUCGCGAGCCGAAAAAGCAAACUUCUCCAUCGACGCGCUUAAACUCCUUCAACUAAAAUCGGUAACGCAAACUCUCUGACAUUCUCAACGGGAAGCUUUAUUAAAUUAAAAUUAUUUAUUGAACGGAGAGCGUCUGAACGAAAAGUUAUUUAUGGUAAUUUUUGAAAAUAACCAAAGCGAUAAAAACUAAUUCUGCGGUAGGGAGGGAAAUUUUCGAGCAUCGUUCGCUCAUAUUUAUUUAUACAGAUGAUUUUUAGACGUACGUUAGACGCGUUUCAGAGAGCGCUUUCUUUUUUGCCGUCGACGGGAUUCGAAACGAUGAAUAUAAGCUUUUGUCACAUUCAAAGAGACGUGCUGGUUACUCAUCCCCGUGCCAAAAUACAACCAAUGAAAUGGAAAGGGAAGUCGCUUAUCGCCUUUCCGACUCUCGUUUUCACGUUUCAUCUUCCUCCUCACCGUUCUUCCUUCAUGGCUAACAAAGUCGCCAAGUAUUUCCCAAAAGAAAUUCGAUCAUCGUAGAACGUCGUCAUUCAUAAAUACAAUUGAAACGACUUAAACCUUUGAAAGAUUGAAAUUAAAAAAUGACGUUGGAUCGAAUUUCCUACGAACGUCUGAUCCUUGGCGAAAUGGAAGGAACGAGUUGACGCGUGAUUCAAGUAAACACAGUGUCAUAAGUCGCGCAUAAUGCCGCCGCGGUGGCCGGAAGAUUAUUAUUAAUUGUUGUUAUUGUUUAUUUGUUUAGUCUAUUUUUUCAAACGGCGGGUCGUAGUUGUCAUGUCGCCCGGCUUCGUCUUUACAAAUUGGCAAUUGCGAUCCAUCAGAUUUGUGAAUAAAAAUAUAAUUAAUCAUCGGGCACGUCCAUCUACGGAUUCGAUCAUGCGAACAGCAGUUUCGUAUAGUAUUGCGUUUUUUUUAUGAGAUUCGAGAAGUGUCUGACGAAGACGAAGCCGCGGCAACGUCGCUUAAUUGGACUCGAGGAAGAGCGAGCAGGCCGUGUCGCAUUUAAACUUCAUCCCCCCUUUUUUUAAUCUCGUUUAGCUCAAUAAUAGGUAGCGUACGUAAGCGGACGCAGGACAGGUGUAUCAUUAACGACAAUACUUGCAAUGCUUUUCUCUUAAUUAUUAUCUCCCCCCAAGAACGUGUUUUAACCAAAAGAACUACCGCUCGUUUCAUAAACGAGGGCGAGCAAUUGUAAUUACUAAUUAACUUGUCCACUCUGUUGAAAUCGCACCCUCGUGCACGCAGCACGUACGUACACACAGAUAUCCGAUUUAUACAUAAAUAUAAAUAAUAUAAAAUAAUAUAAUAAUAAUGAUAAUAAUGAUAAAUGUAAUCUGUUGUACAUACCGUCUCCAAGAGAACCUCUUCUUAAUGUUAUUGUAAUUUUUGUAUACUUAGAACCUGUAUACUUCUUCGUAAUUUUAAUAAAACCGAA